AUGGAGAGGUACACAGGUCGCGUUGCACUGGUUACCGGCGCCAGCGCGGGCAUAGGCGCUGCCAUAACGCAAGCUCUGCUCCGGCAUGGCGUCACUGUGGUAGGCCUCGCAAGAAGAGUCGACAGGGUAAAGGCUCUGGAAAGUAAUGAUGCACCUGGGAAACUGUAUGCCUUAGAGGGUGAUGUAAGAAAUGAAGAACAGAUUCUCAGUGCUUUCAAAUGGAUAAAUGACCAUCUUGGUGGUGUUGAUAUCCUGGUUAAUAAUGCUGGUGUUGCUCAAGAUUCAGACCUUACAGCUGCACCAACAGAAGAAUGGAGAAAAUCUUUUGAAAUUAAUGUCCUCGGACUAAGCAUUUGUACAAGGGAGGCUGUACAAGGAAUGUUGCAGAGGGGUGUCAAUGAUGGUUUCAUUAUAAACAUAAGUAGCACUGGUGGUCUUCGUUCACCAUCUACUCCAAGCCUUUGCAUGUAUAGUGCAAGUAAACAUGCUGUUCAGGUGCUCACUGAAGGCCUCAGAAAAGACUUGGCUGACAAAAAAUCUGGAAUCAGAGUCACGUCAAUAUGUCCUGGAUUAGUGAAAACUGAGAUAAUGGAUAACCUGAAGAUACUUGACAAGAAAAGGAUUUAUUCCAAACUUUCCUAUCUUCAACCAGAACACAUUGCAGAUGCUGUUGUGUAUGUACUCUCACAGCCUGUUAUUUUGGAGGUUCCUAUGUUGGUAAUACAGCAUGUUGGACAGGGAAGAAUAAUUGAGUCACAGUGAAGAAUUAAAACAAAACUUAGGAUCAUUCAUAGAACUGAUAACCAACAAGAAGCCAC